AUGACCGUGGCCCACUUUUCGCAUCUUUCCCACUCUUUGCUUGCUUUCUGUUUGCUCUGCGUGCGUGCAUGCGUCUUUUCGUGCCCCCGACCUGCGUCGAACCCCACCCCCAAGCCCGCGUAUUACGAGUGGCGAGGAGGGUGCGGGGCGCGGCUUUGCACCGCCACAUGCGCGCCCGUCUCGCGCGAAAAUGAGGACGGGGCGCCGCCGAGGAGGGGGACGCGCCCGUCCUCGCCUCGCCGCGCCUUACCACAAAACGACUUCCCUGGCGCAAAUAUGAGUGGCGAGGAGAGUGCGGGGCGGGGGGCGCGGUGGCGUAUGCACGCGCCGCAUGCCCCGCACGGAAAAGGAGGACGGGCUACCGCCGAGGUGGGGGGAAGGCCUGUCCUCGCCUCGCAAGUCACGACAAACGUGUUUGCGGCUUUGCGCCCUCGGUUGUGCCGCGUAAUAGCGUCGCUGGCACCGAGCGUGUAGGGCACGAUGAAGAGGGUGCGAACGAAAAGGCGAGGACGUCGCUUUUGAUUGUGACUGAUUGUUUUAUUCGUUUUCUUUCGCGAGUGUGAUGUUAUUAACAGGGGUGCCGCCGAGGUGGGGGUUUACCCCCGGUUGGUAGUUUAGUGGAAGAACACCGCAGCUUUUGUUGCCGGGACGUGGGUUCGAUUCCUGCCUAACCGUUACUCAACGCACCUGCCUCGGUUGACCUGAGCGUCGACAAGGGCUGGCAAUAGUGGCUGGGCUGGCUUCCAGUUUCAUUGGUUUGUUCCUCGCAAGAAUUGAGCAUCUGUCACUGACAACAAUUUUACACUCGUGUUCUUCAGGUGCUGCUUGUUUCUGUACUCUUUUGAUUGCAGGUGGGUUCACUGUUAGGUCGUACAGUACACGCGUUGCCAAUUUGGUGUAAACGAUCCUCAUAGGUGUUGAUGCAGGCGCUGUAUACUUGACUGAACACUUUCAAUAGUGUACGCAGGACAUUACUGUCGGUAUGAAAAUAAUGAUUGUGACACUGUUUGUAGUGAA